AUGUAUAAUGAAAAUGAAUUCAAAUUGGGAAAAGAUUACGACGUUGCUGUUUUACUGGGUUCAAAUCUAAAGUUCUUUUAUGGAAUUUCAGGUACGGCAACAGAAGGAGGAGCAUGUUCUAAAGAUACAAAUGAGAAAAUAAUAUCAUCUACAUUGAUUAUGUUGGAUAAUACACAAUUUUCUGGAGUAAUUGGUGCAACACAUGAAUUAGCUCAUUUAUUUGGAACCCCUCAUGAUGGUGACAGAGCGGAUCAAAAUUUCCUUGGAGAAGGAGCAGAAGCAUGUCCUGAAGACGAAGGUUAUAUGAUGAGCACAGUAACUGGUGGAAAAUACCAAUUUCACUUUUCUUCAUGCUCGAAAAAAAUUAUGUCUCACUUUUUCAGUCAAAAGAGUGCUAAAUGUCUUCUUAACAAUCCAGCUGAUCACAGGUAUGAUGAACAAAUGUUAAGAAUAUUGCCUGGUAAAUUAUCGUCAAUAGAUUAA